AGUACACAUAUAAAAUGACAACCUCCUGGAGUGAUCGGUUACAGAAUGCAGCUGAUAUGCCUGCUAACAUGGAUAAGCAUGCUCUAAAAAAGUAUCGACGAGAAGCCUAUCAUCGGGUGUUUGUGAACCGAAGUUUAGCCAUGGAAAAAAUAAAAUGUUUUGGUUUUGAUAUGGAUUAUACCCUUGCUGUAUACAAGUCCCCGGAGUAUGAAUCCCUUGGCUUUGAGCUUACUGUGGAGAGACUAGUUUCUAUUGGCUAUCCCCAGGAGCUGCUCAGCUUUGCUUAUGAUUCUACAUUCCCAACCAGAGGACUUGUCUUUGACACACUAUAUGGAAAUCUUUUGAAAGUUGAUGCCUAUGGAAACCUCUUGGUUUGUGCACAUGGAUUUAACUUCAUAAGAGGGCCAGAAACUAGAGAGCAGUAUCCAAAUAAAUUUAUCCAACGAGAUGACACUGAACGAUUUUAUAUUCUGAACACAUUAUUCAAUCUACCAGAAACCUACCUGUUGGCCUGCCUAGUAGAUUUUUUUACUAAUUGUCCCAGAUAUACGAGCUGUGAGACAGGAUUUAAGGAUGGGGACCUCUUCAUGUCCUACCGGAGCAUGUUCCAGGAUGUGAGAGAUGCUGUUGACUGGGUUCAUUACAAGGGCUCCCUUAAGGAAAAGACAGUUGAAAAUCUUGAGAAGUAUGUAGUCAAAGAUGGAAAGCUGCCUUUGCUUCUGAGCCGGAUGAAUGAAGUAGGGAAAGUAUUUCUUGCCACCAACAGUGACUAUAAGUAUACAGAUAAAAUUAUGACUUACCUGUUUGAUUUCCCACAUGGACCCAAGCCUGGGAGCUCCCAUCGACCAUGGCAGUCCUACUUUGACCUGAUCUUGGUGGAUGCACGGAAACCACUCUUUUUUGGAGAAGGCACAGUACUACGUCAAGUGGAUACUAAAACUGGCAAGCUGAAAAUUGGUACCUAUACAGGCCCCCUACAGCAUGGCAUUGUCUAUUCAGGAGGCUCAUCUGAUACAAUCUGUGAUCUGUUGGGAGCCAAAGGCAAAGACAUUUUGUAUAUUGGAGAUCAUAUUUUUGGAGACAUUUUAAAAUCAAAGAAACGGCAAGGGUGGCGAACUUUCUUGGUGAUUCCUGAACUUGCACAGGAACUACAUGUUUGGACUGACAAAAGUUCACUUUUUGAAGAACUUCAGAGCUUGGAUAUUUUCUUGGCUGAACUCUACAAGCACCUUGACAGCAGUAGCAAUGAACGCCCAGAUAUUAGUUCCAUCCAGAGACGAAUUAAGAAAGUAACUCAUGACAUGGACAUGUGCUAUGGGAUGAUGGGAAGCCUGUUUCGUAGUGGCUCCCGGCAGACACUCUUUGCCAGUCAAGUGAUGCGUUAUGCUGAUCUCUAUGCUGCAUCGUUCAUCAACUUGCUGUAUUACCCAUUCAGCUACCUCUUCAGAGCUGCCCAUGUCCUGAUGCCUCAUGAGUCAACAGUGGAGCACACACAUGUGGAUAUCAAUGAGAUGGAGUCCCCCCUUGCCACUCGAAACCGUACAUCAGUGGAUUUCAAAGAUACCGACUAUAAGCGGCACCAGUUGACAAGGUCAAUUAGUGAGAUUAAGCCCCCCAACCUCUUCCCACUGGCUCCCCAGGAAAUUACACACUGCCAUGAUGAAGAUGAUGAUGAAGAAGAGGAGGAGGAAGAAUAAGGAGGAAAACAAAACCCUGAACACCCCUUGAACAAGUUCUGGCAGGACUCAUAGGAACAAAGGAUAUCUUUGUUUGGGUUCUGCUGGGGAGGGUGGGGGAGUCCAUGAAAGGUAUGUCUGGAAAGUUUCUGAAGACUUAAAAAUAUUCUAAUCAUAGAGCAAUAUUUGUUUUAGUUCUGUGUAUCUGUAUUCUUGGCAGAUGGUUUGAAAUUGUAACAUAGUCUGUAUUGGAAGGAAGGGUAAAGUCAGGCUGAACUGCAUGCAGUUAGCUCCAUAGUGGCUUGUGACACUGUUUCCUUGUCUUUUUUCAUCUUUGGUAUGUCAUAGUGUAUCUGUAUAUACACUAAGGGUGGUGAGAGUUUCACAGUGGAACAAAAAGGAUGGUGGGAAGAGGUGAUCCAAAAAUAUUGUGUGUUACAAAUUGUGCUACUCCCAAAUCCAGCCUUUUCAGUGCAUUAUACAGUAUUGUGUAUCAGUGGAGAAAUAUAUUGUUUUCAUUAUCAAGUGUACUUUCUGUCAAGGUCAAGAUUACUUUCAUAAGCCUUUGAGUGUACUUGAGCAAGGCUGCUGCUCUGUCGGUGCCUUUGCAGAACUACUCUCUGCUCUAGGGCCAUUCUGGAAUGGAAUGGACUAUAAGAAUUCUAUUUUGAGGCAAAAGACCUUGUCUUUUCUGCAUUUUUAAAGUUAAUAUAAAUGCCUGUUAUCUAAGUCUUUCUCCUCUGUCCUAAGUCUAUAAAGGAAUGUAGCUGGAAGAGGACAAUGGAGGAACUCUCGACAAAGGAAAAGGAGCAGCCUCCUCCGGACAUCUAAUUCCUUCGUAGGGGCUGUCAUUACAGUUCUUACUUCUUUGUCCUUUAGGGUUGAUUGCUUUUGUUUUAAAGUUGAACAUUAGAGGAUAAGAAGAAAGCUUUAUAAGCCAGAAGUUUAUACUAAAUCAAAAGGCACAGUCAGCGAAAAAAAGUUCACUUUUGAAUCCCAUAGUGAAAUUACUUAUUGCUUUGGACAAGAAUGAACUAUUAUUGUACACAUUAAGGCAAUAUAACUGCUUUACCAGUAUAGGAAAGUUACUCUAACAUUUUAAGCAGCGAUAUAGAUUCUUACUUUAAUCUUCAAAUAUGUUCUUCUAUUCCUAUUGUCAUUGGUUAAUAGGAGAGGAUAGAGCAGCUUCUCUAGAAUUCAAUAAAAAUACAAUAUUUCUAA